AUGGAAAUAAAGAGUGGUUCUAUAAAAGUGCUCGACGGUCUUAGAGAUAUAGUGAAUCAGCAUAGGCCUUAUGAAUUCGACAAUAGGAGAGGAAAAUUGUACAUUUACUUGAAGGAGCCUCUGAGACCCUAUGCUUCUGGACGGACUCAGUACAUAAUACGAGUGUCCUUUGUAAAGUACGUCAAUUUUGAAAGUGAUGGAGUAUUUGUCGUUCCAUACCAAGAAGACGAUGGAAAACAAGCGUACUUGUACACUACGCGUCUCUCUCCAAACAAAGCGAAGUACUUCUUCCCCUGCUUCGACAACCCUCAAUUUGAGGCAGUCUUCAAGAUCAGGGUCUACGUGACGCCUCCAAGGCCUGGCAUUCAUUUUUGUAACACGACGCUUGUGGUUGCGGACGAGCUAAACAGACAGAAUUUCAAAGAUGAUAGCUAUGGUAUCAUCGAGUACAUGCCCUCACCACAAAUCGGGGUCCACCAAGUGGGUUUUCAUCACUCCCAAUUCGGAAACCGCCAAAUCAAAAUCGGUGAUGACGCCCUAGUUAUCUGGGCACAAAACUCAAAGUUACCUAACUAUAAUUUUAUAUUGCAAUUCGGUAAAGUACUAAUAAACAUGAUUCAUCGUUAUUCCAUGAUCAACCGACCUCUUGUGAAUGGACAGAUAAAUAUAGUGGCGGUGCCUAAGAACCUUAAUGGGUAUGAAAUCGCGAGCUGGAAUCUGUUAACUAAUAGUGAAACGAGGCUAGCCUAUAUAAAUGAGUACACAAGUGUUAAACAAAUGGAGAGAACGAUGUUUGACCUCGCUCAGCAGUUGAGCAGAAUUUGGCUCGGAAACCCUGGAGAAUUUAUGCGGACGAGGUGGCUAGAGGAGUGGUUCAAGGAAGGAAUGGCUACGUACUUUGCAUAUUACUAUUUGACUCAGCACAAUCAUGGUGAGUUCAAGUCAAUGGAGAGACUCCCACUUUCGAUAUACGGGCUCCAAAUGAAGCACAGAGCAAUGGCUGUAGAUUGGCACCACACAACUCCAGCGCUAAUAUCGUUCAACAGAACGUUAGCUAUAGACAUCCCAUCUAGGUAUAAGGAGUUAGUGACAAUGAAGACAGCUUCGAUCCUGUGGAUGGUUGAAAACUGGUUGGGCUCUGAGAAAUUUCAUCAGGCACUGAUUAAAUACAUAAAUUUGAGGCGAGGACACUUCAUCACUCUCGCUGAUUUUAUGGACAGCUUAGACCACGACACGGUCGAAUGUCUGCACCAGUUCUUCAACGGAUCAACAGCUUCGAGGGUUCUCAAUUCGUGGUUCAACCAUCCUGGAUACCCUGUUGUUAGUGUUAACGUCCUUCGAGACAGAACGCCGAAUGCGAUUCAGUUAAAACAAAGACGAUUCAGCUUCAAUAAUCUCAAUCGUAUGGAUUCUAACUACCUCAUUCCGAUCUCCUACGUCGUUCAAAACAAUGAAAACUGUUUUAACUGUCACCAGCCAAGAUUUACAAUUGGCCAAACUUACACUUUUGGAGAGAACUUGAAUGGUGGAUGGAUUAUUCUGAAUAGGAAUGCUUCAGGAUAUUAUAGGGUAAACUAUGACGACACGACUUGGCAUUUGAUAGCUAAAACUCUGAAAGAAAAUAGAUUUGCAAUCGAUGAAUUGAAUAGGGCCCAAAUUGUGAACGACGUACUUGCACUAUACGCAGCUGGCGACAUCCGUGAGGAAAUAGCGAUGGAAGUUUUAGAUUUCCUCAACGUUGAAUUGAGCCCCACUGUAUGGGACGCAGCGAUAAACGGGUUCGACCUUCUGAAAACAGAGGGCGCUCAUAUCACUAAAAUAAUGUAUGAAGAAUGGCAGCGAUAUAUGCAACGAAAAGUAUCUACAAUAUACAAGAGACUGAUGGACGAUAUCGAGAGGAGACCAGAAAUUAGAGUUUUUAGGAGCAACAUAAUAGAAUUUGCGUGUUCUAUCAAGCACCAGCCCUGCUUGAAAGACAUGUGGAGAAUAUAUGGAGAUCAUAGGAAAGGAAAGCUGAGAUUGAACCCAGACUAUCGGGAAACGUGUUACUACGUAGUCCUCAAUGACGUGAAUGGGAAUCUGGCCGCUGAAAAUUUCAAUAACUUCGAAGCUGAUGACAAAGCCAGAGCUGAACAUAAACUGCGAGAACAAAAUAGAUUUUUAUUUCGGAUACCAAUGGGCCAACCGCGACCGCUUCCCAUCAUUAUGUCCACAACUUCUACUACAGAGGCCUCAACUACGAUACACAUAACACCAGAUUGUAAUAAAGCUACUAGAAUAGUUCCGAUAUUUGUAACUAUUAUUGGUUUAGUUAAUUUAAUUUUACGAUAA